CAGGGGGUCCACCCUGGACACUGGGAAGAGCGAGCUUUGGGUGGGAGCACUGACGCAUGGGAACCCUCCCUCCCGCAGAUCCAAGAGGCAGGAGAUGUCCCAUAGGUUGAAGGACACCAUGAAGUCGUCCGAGACGUCCCUGACGGAGGAGGAGACCACGGACUCAUCCGAGAUGUCCCUGACGGAGGAGGAGACCACGGACUCAUCCGAGACGUCCCUGACGGAGGAGGAGGAGACCACGAAGUCGUCUGAGACGUCCCUGACGGAGGAGGAGGCCAUGAGACUUCUGUGCUCCCUCUCGGAGGCAAAGAAGAUGAAGGUGCCCGUCAAGCGCAGGAAGCGGCGCUCUGUGGGGCUCGCCAGCACCGGGGCCUUCGUCGGGGGCCUGGUCGGGGGCCCACCAGGACUAGCCUUUGGGAGUGCCGUCGGGGGGCUCGCAGGGGCCUUGGUGUGGAGCGCGAAGUUUAAGUCGGUCAGUCAGAUCCUCAAGGAGCUGCCGCCUGCCAAGCAGGAGAAGCUCUGCAGCCAGGUCUCGGUCGUCAUCGAGGACCUGGAGUGGACAGACACCCAGCACCUGACCAAGCUGGCCAAGGGCAGCAAGGCCCUGCAGAAGCAGCUGCUGAAGCUGCUCGAGGACUACGUCACCCAGGAGCUGAGGACCACCGUGCUGUACAGAGACUAGGCUCAUGGAGGGGGGGGGGGGCUGUGCUGGGUCCUGUUCUGGAAAGUGAAGGUUAAAGGGAAUAAAACGGGGCAGAGAGGAACUCUCUGCACUGAGCGGAUCCCUGGCAGAGAGCCUGCAGCCCUGAGCCCCGCACAGCACAGGGACCAGAGGACACUGGGCCUGGGAGGGACGCAGGGCGCAGCCUUAGCUCAGCCGAACCUCGAGCAGCCGCCAUCGCUGACAAGUCUCCCCUCCUGCCCUCAGCACUGCCUUUCCCCUGGGAAACAGCAUGGGGAGGAGAGGGCCCCACCCUGACCCUGGGGCUGGCAGCCCCAAGCUGUGCUCAGCGGUUGCCCAUGACAAUCUGGGUCCUGGGUGGCUGGCAGUGGGCUUUAGGCCCAAGAGCCCCCCUCGGCAAUGAAGACCCGGCCGGCCCCACCCACACUGGGCGAGAACCAGACCUGGCCAGCCCCACCCCGUCAAGCCCUGCCAAGUGGGGGGUACAGUCUCAGCUCCCUGCGCCCGGCGCUGGGGCAGGUAGCGCAGCCUCAGGUUCCCCAGCCCGGGUCGGUGCCACGCAGCCUCAGAUCCCUGCUGAUUGGUCGUUGCGGCAUCACGGUGUGACAUCCAUUUGCAUAUUAGCCUUUUAUUAUGAUGAUGCUGAUUGCUGAAGAUUUGGAAAAACACAGACGCGUAUAUAUAAUAAAAAGUGCUGUGAA